CUUGCAGCCAUUGUAAAACACAGCUUUCAAAUAGAUCACGUCGCAAUUUGAGAUAGACAACUAUUUGCUGUUUUUGGUUUCUUUUAAAUCUCAGUUUGUUAAGCACAAUUGUUCUUUAAAGAAAAAACAGGAAUCUUUUUUUGUCGUAUUUAAUUGUCGUUUAUUUAAAAAAAAAAAAAAAGAAGCGUUGAGACGACUUGCGACACGCCGCAUUCCCAGGCAUCGAAUUUACUGAGGACACACAUACAACCCCCUCGCCGUUUGUUUCGCGCAUUCAUUUGAAGAUUUUUAUUUCAGUAACCAAGAAGACGUAGGUUUAAGGGACGCGUUUCAAUUUAGAUGGCAAGCUUCCCAGAUUUUGUCAACGAAAAUGAAAUAGGUAAAGCCAAGUUUAUCGGGGAACUCCUUCCUCCUGUUGCUCCCUUUGACCAGAAGUCUGGACGGGAGACUUGGACUGUAUCUUUUGCACCUGACGGUUCCUAUUUCGCUUGGUCUCAAGGGCAUCGGAUUGUUAGACUUGUACCAUGGAAAAAAUGUUUAGCCAGCUUUUCUGUAAGCAAGGAAGAUCGGUCGAGUGGUGCAGGGUCUCAGCGACUCUCUCGGCAGAACAGUGAGAGCAGUUUGGUGCCAGGUGAGCCUAGAGAGCACACCAUCGAUUGCGGUGACAUUGUGUGGGGGCUGGCCUUUGGCUCUUCCGUUCCUGAGAAGCAGAGUCGCUGCGUGAACAUCGAAUGGCACCGCUUCAAGUUCGGUCAGGACCAGCUACUGCUUGCCACCGGCCUCAACAAUGGCCGCAUCAAAAUCUGGGACGUCUAUACAGGAAAGCUUUUGUUGAACCUGAUGGACCACACAGAAAUUGUGCGGGACCUGACAUUUGCCCCAGAUGGAAGUUUAGUGCUGGUUUCUGCCUCGAGAGACAAGACUCUACGUGUGUGGGACCUCAAAGAUGACGGUAACAUGGUGAAAGUACUACGUGGCCAUCAAAACUGGGUCUACUGCAGCACUUUCUCUCCUGAUUCAUCAGUCCUUUGUUCUGUUGGUGCAGGAAAAGCGGUCUUCCUGUGGGACAUGGAUAAGUACACACUUAUCCGUAAGCUAGAGGGUCAUCAUAACGAUGUGGUGUCCUGUGAGUUUUCUCCUGAUGGGGCUCUGCUGGCCACAGCUUCCUAUGACACCCGUGUCAUAGUAUGGGACCCUCAUUCAGCAACCAUUCUGCUUGAGCUGGGGCAUCUCUUCCCUCCUCCCUCACCCAUAUUUGCUGGAGGAGCAAAUGAUCGAUGGGUUCGCUCCGUUGCCUUCUGUCACGAUGGUCGGCACAUUUCCAGUGUCACUGAUGACAGGUUGGUGCGGUUCUGGAGCAUUGAUGAGAGGAGUCCUCAAGCCAUCGCCCAUCUCACUAAUGGCCUCUGUUGUGCCUUUUCUACUGAUGGAAGUGUCUUAGCUGCUGGGUCUCGUGAUGGCAGCGUGCAUUUCUGGGCUUGUCCACGCAGUAUUGCAAGCCUCCAGCACCUGUGCCGCAUGGCCUUGCGGAGAGUCAUACCCACCCAGCAGGUUUACACGCUGCCUAUUCCUUUCUCCAUGCAGGAUUACUUGGCCUACAAGAUGCUUUAGCUUAGAACACAUACAACAGCACUCUGUGAAACCAAUGUUUUUUUUCUUUUUUUUUUUUCUUCUCCUGCCCUGGCACAACAACUUAUACAGCACCUCAGUGUGGGUAAAUGAUGGCUAAUGCUGGGUUACAGUGGUGCUUCUCUUGCUCUGUUCAGGAAGCUGUUCCUGCAUUGAGUUUAAGAGUCCUAAUGGGAGAUAGUGUCUCCUAAAAGCUCAACAGUGUUUUCUUUUUCUUCUCUGGCUGGGAGUAGGAUUAAAGGGAAGUGUCAAUAAUGUGAAAGUGUGUGUGUAUGUAAGAGAGAAAGGGAGACCGGUUCCUAUGACAGGACUGAUUCUGGUAGUUCAGGGACACAGUCAGUGCCUCCCCUUUACGUGCCUCUUUAGAAAAUGAAUGCUAAGGCUGCCUCAGUUAUGGCCUUCAUUGCCACAAAUCUGAAAAACUACAGUAACAGGUUUUUUUUUUUUUUUUUACUUGUAUAGAGAUUUGUAAAGGCAAGUUUUUGUUGUGUGUGUGUAUACAGUAUAUACAUGUAUUUGUAUAAAUUGUUUUUUUCUCUCUCCAUGCUACUCCUCCAUCAAUGCUUGUAUUGAAAGUCUUCUCUGUACAUUUAUUUCUUGUGUGAUGUUAAAAAUCUGUAGGUGAAUGACACAAAGAAUUGCUUUAAAGGAGAGAUGGGUCAGCCAGUUUUAUUUACAAUGAUGAGAUUGCCUAGCACUGAUGCCACAUCCCUGAUUUCCUGUUCCGAAAGAGUUGCCACCUAUUUCCACUUGCUGUAUUUGCAAUUAAAAAUAUGGCUCCAUGCAUAGUUUUGUCCUAUCCAUAAUCUCUCCACUUUAAAACAUCUCAUUCAGAUCUGGCAUUCUAACCAUUAGUGUUUUAACAGAGCCAAAGUGAGGUUGUAUGGAGAUGGUUGGUGUCUUAUCUAUCUCUUAUUUUGAGGGAAUUGGUAAUAUUGGUGCCAAAGAUUGUGGGAUGUCCUGUUUGUUGAGGCGUAUGGACCUGCCAGACAAAACUCUGAUGGUGACAUGGGGAGUAGAGUGGUUCUAUUAAGAAUGUGAAUUUCAGAAUGUGGCAUAUUCGUCUGGUCAUGCAGUCAAAAACACUCUUGGGAAUAAAAUGUUGUAAACCAUAAAGCUGAUGCCAAAGACCCCAUUGGGUUCUAAUUUUCCUCUCCCUCAUUUAUGGCUAAAACGUUAAAGUGUUUUAUGUAAUAUGUAUGCCUGUUGUUCUGCUUUGUUUUAUGAUGAAUGCUGAUAUAACACCGAUUGGGUUUACUUUGCUACUUCCUCUUUAGUAGGUUUAGAGUGGAUAAAUAGAUGCACUUCAAUGUUGCAAACAAAAUGUUUGCCUUGCAGUGCUUUAGAGUAUGGUGGUAGAAAUUUUCAAUCAUUAAUAUUAUAAAGAAAAUGCUUUGAUAUUAGUUUGUCCAACUCUUUCACAUAGAGAUAUAAUGCCUAAAAUAUGCUGUGCUCACCAAGAGCAACUUAACAGUUCCUCAAAUGUGUUGGACAAGAAUGUAAUUUUUCCUCCAGUCAAUGUUUAUUUUAAUUUUUUUUUUUAUCGAUGGUUGUUGAAAUAAAGGAGUUUUUCUAAAACGUU